UCAAACACACUUAGCUCGAUGCAAUCAUUGACCAUUGUCAUACCGGCAACAUGUUCUGUGAUAGUCCUUACUGUGAUCAUUUUAGUCGCUUGUUUUGUUACUGGAACAAAGCAUCAACGUUCAUCUUUUCAGCAUCAAUUAGAACAACAGCAGCAGCAACAAUAUGAUGAUACACUAAUCACCGCUCAUUCUAAUAUAAGCAAUAAUGGAUUCACAUCAACCCACCCAAGUAUUACCGCAACACCUUUGCAUCAGCAUUUUGAUCAUUAUCAUUCGGAUCAAUAUUGUACUCCUUAUAGCACGACAAAUCUUUCACAAAGUGAACCACGAUAUUGCCUAACAAAUGUACAACAACAACAACAGCAAUUGCCAUCAUAUGGGUUCUCUGCUUCCAAUGAAAGUCUAUAUGAACUACCGAAUGCUGCACAAUCGACCAAAUUCGCAAUGGUGUCAAAAACAAAAGCAGCAGCAUCAUCGGACAAUGAAAUCGAAUUGUUGAAUCAGAAUUCACCCCAAACAAUGACAUAUGCUACUCUCAAAAAACGGAACAUUAUUCAAAAUGAACAACAAGUUAUGUGUGAUGUUGACGAUAGAAAUAAUAGGCCAUCAUUCAAUGGACAAUCAACGAAUACUACGAUAAUGACCACAUGUUUGGAUUCCAAAUUGAUCUGUGAUAAUGAUAAUAAUAAUGAGGAAAGCAUCAAUCAAAUUGCAAAACAGAAUCUAACGCAACCGUAUAAUCAUCAUCAUCAUGGUAUACUUCAAGCAAACAGUACUACCACGAAAAAUAUUUUAUCACCAAUGAUCUGGCUUUUGGUUGGUUGGUGGAAAUUGAAUCUGUUGAUUUUCUAAUCAUUUAUAAUUCUUUAAUGCAAUCGAACAAGUUACAUGAUGUCCAUAUAAUUUAUCACUGCCAAAUAAAAGUGUAUAUUGAAUAUUUCCAUU